UGACAGUUGUGUCUAUUUUAGUACAUCGCAAACAAACAACUAAUCCCUCCAGGCUUAACAGAUGCCAUCAAUCGAAUCAGCAGAAGAAUUCAAUCCUUUGCUAUGUAUGAACGUUACUGGCAGAGUCAACAAGACCAACCUCAACAGGCCCAUUCUAACCAAUUCAGAAAUCCUUCUGCUGCUACCCAUCAAAAUCGUGCAUUUAUCCACCAGCAACAGCAGGCAUACGUUCGGAUUCAAAACCCAAACAUUAGAAAUCAACAACCCACAUCUAACAGAAACAUUCCAACAUUUGUUCAUAAUCCAGGGGUCCAGUGGAGAUUCACUCAGGUGGGUAGAGCCCGUGUACCGCAGGCAGUGUUUCCAAGUGGUGUUACCAUCACGCCAGUACCAUCAGAUGGUAAAGGAGAGAAAAACGGUGAGGACAGGGGUCCACAGCCCAUCAUCACAGAAGUUGAUGACACAGAAAACCUCUUUUACCAGUCUUCACAGAAUUAUGUACCACGAAAAACACCAACAUCUGUCACAAUUGAGGAAGUCCUGUAAAACUGAGUUCUUAGCAACUUAAGCACUUUUACCCGGGACCAUUUGACAUGCCUGAAAAUAAUUCCUCAUCAAGAUAUGGCUGCAGAUUCGGGCAUGUCUACUAGGAGAAGUUAUUUCUGUGUGUGUGUGCAGAUAGUCGUGCUAAACUCAAUGAGUAUUUGACAGUUGUUUCAGUGUAUGAAGAAACUAAGUGCUGUUCAUUACUUGGACCAUCGUGGUAAGAAGAAGGAGGGACUAGUUAAAAGGAAGAGACGAGCUUGAUAGAAUAGUUAAAGUCAGUUACAGAAUUGGUAAUUGCAGGUUUACCAGGUAAAAAAAAUCACGCACUGUUGCACAAAGACUUAGGGAUCUGAAGCAUCAGUUUCUUCCAGAUUGCUGUCGAAAUACUAUCUGCUAAGAAAAACUGAGUUGGCUAUCAAACUAUCUAAUUUACUGUGUAUUCUACUGAGCUGUUUGUGAAAUUUAGCUAUCUUUGUAUGCUGUGAAUAUUCCUCGUAAACUGAUUGAAUCGGUUUCUUAGCAUUUAAACCUGAGUUAAAAUGAAUUUACAGAAAGUUUUGUGUCUACAAAUUUUAUUCCAGCUCUACUACAAACAGUUUUCCAAACCUGAAACUACCCCCAGCAGUUCUGUGUAUUAAUAAUCAAGUAAGCUGAAUCUAUUUUUAUAUACAUCUCACCUUAAAAACAUAAUACAAAGUUUAUUGUAUUCUGUAUCCAACUAAUUUUAUGCAAGAAUUUUGAAGUCAUGUAAAACCUUUUCAUGUUGUUAUUUUAUCAAUACUUUUUUGGUAGAAAAUUAAUGUCAGUUUUGAUUAAAUGUUUGUUAUUAAAACUAAACAUUCAAUGGGAUGUUUUUAUAUAAUAAUGAAAAACAAGUUUUGGAGUUCUGCUUAAGUUAUUUCUUCAGUAGGUAAACCUUCUGUUCCCCCAAAAAGAAAAGUAUGAAUAAAUUUUCAGUUAAAUGUACUGCUUCUUUGAUUUAUAAAGUUCUCAUGAAGCAGUUGUACUGGAACCUUGUACAAAGUUGUUUUACUGUGGUCAAUAAAUGUGAAAUCUCACAAA